AUGUGGCGGCGCGCGGCGACGGCGGCGCUGUCGCUGGGCGCCGGUGCCGGCGCGGUCGCGGUCGCCACCUCUGAGGACCCCGCCGCGACGCUCAAGGUCUGCGCGCACCUGCCUCCGCGCCUCCUCCGCGACUCCGUCACGGCCGCCACCAUCGCGUUCGACUACAAGUGGUCCCUUUGGGGCCUCGAGCCGGGCACCCCGGCGUGGCAGAGCGCCAAGCACCACGCUCACCUCCGCUCCGCCAACCGACUCCAGGAGCUCUGCUUCCGCAACGGCGGCAUCUACAUCAAGCUCGGCCAGCACAUCGCUCAGCUGGAGUAUGUCGUGCCGGAGGAGUACGUGCAGACAAUGAGGGAAUCGAUGCUGAAGAGGUGCCCGGUCUCAUCGUACGAGCAGGUCCGCGGGGUGUUUGCCAAGGAUCUCGGUGAAUCGCCAGAAACUGUUUUUGCAGAAUUUGAUCCUGUCCCACUUGCAAGUGCUUCCCUUGCACAAGUCCAUGCUGCCCGAACUCACGAUGGGCAAAAAGUUGCCGUUAAGGUUCAGCAUGACCACCUCAGGGAUACUGGUGUUGUAGAUAUAGCCACUGUGGAUUUGUUAGUGAAUGCUCUGCAUUAUAUUUUCCCUACAUUUGACUACAGGUGGUUAGUUGAUGAAGUUCGAGAAAGUGCCCCUAAGGAACUGGAUUUCUUGAAUGAGGCCAAAAACAGCGAAAAAUGUUUGGAUAACUUUAGAAGGUUGUCUCCUCAGGUUGCUGGUAGCAUAUAUGCCCCCAAGGUUUAUUGGAAUCUCAGCACAUCUAGAAUUCUCACCAUGGAGUUUAUGGAUGCCAAGGAGGUAACUGAUGUUAAUGGCAUUAAAUCAAUUGGAGUUCACCCUGUUGAUGUUUCAAACCUAGUCAGUAAAGCAUUUGCUGAGAUGAUUUUCAAGCAUGGUUUUGUUCAUUGUGAUCCCCAUGCUGCCAAUAUGAUGGUCCAACCAAUGCCACAAGACAACAGAAAACUUUUUGGUUGGAAGAGGCCACAACUAGUUCUUCUUGAUCAUGGACUUUACAAAGAGCUUGAUUAUAAUACUAGGAUAAGCUACGCUUCUCUUUGGAAGGCGCUUGUUUUUGCCGAUGCAAAAGCAAUUAAGGAGAACAGUGUCAAACUGGGUGCUGGGGAGGAUCUUCAUGCACUCUUUGCUGGUGUUCUCACUAUGAGGCCAUGGAAAAGGGUGAUUGACCCAUCUCCUGAUCAUCUUGUCUUAGGGAAAAAUACUGAUUAUUCAGAACUACAGAAUUACGCCUCCUUGUAUUUUACUGAGAUCUCGGAGCUGCUGAGGAGAUUACCGAGGGUUAUAUUGUUGAUGCUUAAAACAAAUGACUGUUUACGUGCAGUCAAUCAUGCCCUGGUUGGAGGCACUUCCUUGGAGUCGUUUAUGAUCAUUGGACGGGUAUCUUCUGAAGCUGUGCUGGAGGCUAAAAGGAUGAACAGAAGGUCCUUUCUAGAUGGAUUGGUGAUAUGGCUGGAGGAAGUUGUUGCCUGGCUAAAAGCAGUUAGGCGUAUCAGCAGCAUUUUUUGA